GCGGCGGGAAGGGAAGCUUCCUUUCCAGCGCUGUGCCUGCGUCUCCCCCUGCCUUCCUUCCUUCCUUCCUUCCUCGCCUGGCAUUUGCAUUUCCCUUCCUCUCCCCGCCCCUUUUGCGGUGAUGUCAGCCCCGGCGAGGACUUGCAGGCGCUGCCGGGGAGAAGCGCGUUCAGACGGCCAGGCGGAGGAGACGCGGCGGCGGCGGAGCAGGAGCAGGAGCAGAGAAGCAGCAAAAACAAGAGUAGGAGCAGCAGGGAAGCACCAGCAGCAGCACUGGCUCUCUCCCUUCCCUUCCUCCCUAAUUCCUUCCCUCUUAAGAAGCCAGCUGCUCGUCUUUCGGGUCUUUCGGGUCCCAUCUCUUCAUCUCAAGGGAUUUUGGAUGCUUUAAGCCGGAGCGCAAGGAUUCCUCUUCUCCUCCACCAAGUUGCCUUUAAGUUCCAGGCUCCAAAACCCAUCGCUUUCGCCUCCUGAACUUGCCUCCUCGCCACUCAAGUUCCCUUCGGAUCUCUCUCCCUUCCUCUCGUUCCCAGCUGAAGGAUUUCCCCAAUUUUCCCAGGAAAGCAUGGCUGAGGAGCUCCGGUAAGGAGCAAGGGAUCUCUGCCAGGACGGAGGAACCCGAGCUCUUCUUGGUGUUUGGUUGAACAACCCACAGCCGUUCUGGAGAUGGACUUGCUUUCCAGGACCUACCUUUUGGCAGUCUUGUUAGCCUCCAUCGUGUUCCAGUCUGGUGCGCAGGAGAAGAAUUACACGGUGCGGGAGGAACUGCCAGAAAAUGUCCUAAUUGGCAAUUUGCUUAAGGACCUCAACUUGACCCUCGAUCCUGACGUGCCCCUCUCCUCGCCUCUCCAGUUCAAGCUGGUGUACAAGACCGGAGAUGUUCCGCUCGUCCGCGUGGAGGAAAAUUCAGGGGAAAUAUUCACCACCUCCAACCGCAUUGACCGAGAGAAGCUCUGCUCGGGCAUUUUUAGCGAGAACCGCUGUUUUUACGAAGUGGAAGUGGCAGUCCUGCCUGAUGAAGUCUUCAGGCUGGUUAAGAUUAGGUUCCUGAUUGAGGAUAUAAAUGACAACGCUCCCCUUUUCCCGUCGACGGUCAUUAAUAUCUCCAUCCCGGAGAAUACGGCCAUCAAUUCCCGCUAUUCUGUCCCGUCGGCGGUUGAUCCUGACAUUGGAGUAAAUGGCAUUCAGCACUACGAACUCCUUAAGCCCAAAACAGCUCCAAAAAGGACCUUUGGAUCCAUUACAAAUGAACAGGGCCAAAAUGUAUUUGGACUUGAUAUAAUCGAGACCCCCGAGGGGGACAAGUGGCCCCAGUUGAUCGUGCAGCAGAUCCUUGACCGGGAGCAAAAGGACACCUACGUGAUGAAGAUUAAAGUGGAAGAUGGUGGGAACCCUGCACGAUCCAGCACUGCCAUCCUCCAAGUGACUGUCACUGAUGUGAAUGACAACCGGCCCGUCUUUAAGGAUAAUGAUAUUGAAGUCAGCGUUCCUGAAAACGCCCCUGUGGGCACCUCAGUUUCUCAGCUUCAUGCCACCGAUGCUGACCUGGGAUCCAACGCCCAAAUCCACUUCUAUUUUAGCAGCCAAAUUUCCAACCUAGCCAGAAGGUUAUUUGCCAUUGAUAACACCACUGGUCUCAUCACCAUCAAGGAGCCACUGGACCGGGAGGAGUCCUCGGUGCACAAGUUAACCAUCCUGGCAAGUGAUGGCAGCUCGACACCCUCAAGGGCAACGGUGACUGUCAAUGUCACCGAUAUUAAUGACAACAUCCCAUCAAUAGACACAAGGUACAUUAUAAAUCCUGUGAACGGGACUGUGCUUUUGUCAGAGAAAGCCCCGCUCAAUACGAAAAUUGCCCUGAUUACCGUAAUGGAUAAGGACGCUGACCUUAAUGGUAAAGUGACAUGCUUCACAGAUCAUGAUGUGCCAUUCCGAUUAAAACCUGUGUUCGAUAACCAGUUUCUACUGGAAACAGCAACGUUUCUGGACUACGAGACUACAAGAGAAUAUGCGAUUAAAAUUGUGGCUUCUGAUUCGGGGAAGCCACCUUUGAACCAGUCUGCGAUGCUCCUCAUUAAAAUUAAGGAUGAGAACGACAAUGCCCCGGUGUUUACGCAGCCCAUUAUCGGACUUUCCAUCCCUGAGAACAAUGCCCCCGGCACGCAGCUGACCAAGAUAAGUGCUACAGAUGCGGACAGUGGCCGCAAUGCCGACAUCAGCUACAUGCUGGGCUUGGACGCGCCUCCCAUUUUCAACCUGGACCGCCGAACAGGCAUCCUGACAGCAGUACGGAAGCUGGACCGAGAAAAGCAGGAUAGAUACUCAUUUACUGUGCUAGCAAAAGAUAAUGGCAUGCCGCCUCUGCAAACUAAUGCUACGGUGACAGUUUCAGUCUUGGACCAAAAUGAUAAUAGCCCCGCUUUCACACAUAAUGAGUAUAAUUUCUAUGUGCCAGAAAAUCUACCCAUGUAUGGCACUGUUGGACUCAUCACUGUGACAGAUGCAGAUUCUGGAGAGAACGCAGCCGUGACUUUGUCUAUAUUGAAUGGGAGAGAUAAUUUCAUAAUCGAUCCCCUCACUGGUGUCAUAAGGCCAAAUAUCACCUUCGACAGGGAGCAGCAAGGAUCGUACACCUUUCAGGUGAAGGCUGUGGAUGGAGGGAGGCUACAACGCUCGUCGACAGCCAAGGUGACCAUCAAUGUGGUUGACGUGAACGACAACAGGCCUGUAUUUGUCAUCCCAUCGUCCAACUACUCGUACGACUUGGUUCCAAUGUCCACCAGCCCGGGUUCUGUCGUCACAAAGGUUUUCGCUGUUGAUAAUGACACAGGAAUGAAUGCAGAGCUUCGCUACAGUAUUAUCGGUGGGAACUCAAGGGGAUUGUUUGUGAUUGACCAGUUAACGGGGAACGUUUCUUUGAGAGAAAAAGUCGUAUCAGCAGAUCAUGGUUUGCACAGACUAGUUAUCAAAGUCAAUGAUUUAGGACAACCCGAGUCACUAUAUACUAUAGCACUAGUGCAUUUGUUUGUGAAUGAAACAGUCACCAAUGGAUCAUACGUCCAAGAGUUGGUGCGCCGAAACAUGGAAACGCCCGUCGGCCAGAAUGUUGGUGAUGGCGAGAUAACCCCGCAGACCAACGAUUAUGUCAAGAUCAUCAUUGCCAUCAUCGCCGGCACCAUGACCGUCAUCUUGGUGAUCUUUGUCACCGCUCUGGUGAGAUGCCGCCAGACGCCUCGGCACAAGGUGGUUCAGAAAAGCAAACAGAGCGGCGAGUGGGUCUCCCCGAAUCAAGAAAACCGCCAGAUUAAGAAAAAGAAGAAGAAGAAGAAGCGCUCUCCGAAAAGCCUCCUCCUCAAUUUUGUCACCAUUGAAGAAUCGAAGCCUGACGACCCGGGUCACGAGCACAUCAAUGGCACUUUGGACAUUCCUGUCGAGCUGGAAGAACAGACUAUGGGAAAAUAUAACUGGGCCACCACGCCGACUACCUUCAAGCCCGACAGCCCAGAUUUAGCCAAGCACUACAAGUCUGCCUCUCCACAGCCCACGUUCCAAAUUAAACCGGAGACUCCCGUGCCGCCCAAGAAGCACCACGUCAUUCAGGAACUGCCUCUGGAUAACACCUUUGUGGUGGGCUGUGACUCUCUCUCCAAGUGCUCCUCCAGUAGCUCGGACCCUUACAGUGUUUCUGAAUGCAGCUGCCAAGGAGGAUUCAAAACCCCAGGCUCCAUCCACACCAGACAGCUCUGAACGUCUUCGCAUCAGCUGUUAAGUACUGAAGUCGUAUACAAUGAUGUUAAGCCAGCAAACAUGGAAAUAUGGGAAUAGCACGAGAAAGCCCUUUGUCCUCUCUCCCUGAAGAAUGUUAUCGUCCGAUCUCCAGAGGGGUUUUCGAAGUGGCGCUGAACAUUUCAAGCUGCCCUACUGAAAGGUAUUCAGGGCGAGAACAUUUCAGAAUGGGAAGGAAAGAAAUGACAAGACAAGACAAAGAGAGACUUUAGAACACGCUGUCGUAGUUGCUCUAUCAUGUAGUUUUUGCCAAGACAAAGGAAGUGGUAUCAACCAUCACUUUAUGUGAAUGGUGGGUAACUAUGAUGCAUCUUUCAUUUUCUUUUGGUUUUCUUUUAUUUUUUGUUGCUUGUCAAUACUUUCGUCCUUUAUAGACUCAUCCUCUUUAUUUAUUUCUGUUCAGAAUACGCGCUAUCCCUUUCCCCAUUCCUUUUUGCCUACCGAAAGAAAGGAGCAAUAAUUUUUAUGCAUAUACAUUUUGAAAGACAAAGAUAAAAAGUUCUUUAUACUCCCUGCAUUUCUCAAUAAUCUCUGUUGUCUCUUGCACCGCACAAUGAGAAGUUGUCGUUUUGAGGUAUUGUGUACGAAAGGCAUUGGUUUGGAUCUAGAAGCAGGCUUAGGCUGGAGUCUCGUCUACCACUAUAUACUCUAGUUUCUGAAUCCAGAUUAUCUGUAUUAAACUGGAUUAUAUGUGUCUACACUGCCAUAUAAUUCAGUUCAAAUCAGAUUUACUAUUUAUUUAUUUACAAUAUUUAUAUUCCGCCCUUUUCACCCCAAAGGGGACUCAGGGUUGAUCACAAUGCACAUAUAUAAUGAUAUAGUACAAUAUAGUAAUUCAAUGCUUAUAUUGUGCUGUGCUAAUAAUAUAUUGUAUGUACAUUUGAUUUGUAAGCUGCUCUGCAUCCCCUCCGGGGUGAGAAGAGCAGGAUAUAAAUGUAGUAAAUAAAUAGUAAAUAGUAAAUAAAUAUAUGGCAAACAUUCAAUGCCAUUAGACAAUAUUAUAUAGACAGACACAGAGGCAAUUUAACAUUUUCCAGCUUCCGGCUUCAUGAGAUGCCACAAGGGGAGCUGUUGCUUCACCAUCUACUUGUGACACUAAGUCCUUGAUGGAGUACUUCCUCAUUCAUCCACACACUGCUGGAAGGUUUUAUGGUGUCGUAAAUUAAUUAAAUUAGCCUCCCCGCAUAAAGCAGUACCUAAAUUUCCUACUUGAUAGAUGCAACUAUCUUUCGGGCUGCAUAGGUCAACAGUGAGCUAGACUAUUAAAUGGCCGGGAGCUCACUCCGACCCGGGCUGGGUUCGAACUCAUGACCUCUCGAUCAGUAAUGAUUUAUUGCACUGGCUACUAACCAGCUGUGCCACAGCCCAGAUUAAGGAUUCAGAACUUGAAUUAUUUCUGAAUCUGGAUUCAGAAACUGAAUUAUAUAGCAGUGUAGAUGAAGUCAUUGUGAAAUUGCUGAGAACUUAGUAAUGGCUAAUUGAAAUCUUGGUUGGGUUGCUGUGAGUCUUUUGGGUUGUGUGGCCAUGUUCCAGAAGUUUUCUCUCCUAAUGUUUCCCCCACAUCUGUGGCAGGCAUCCUCAGAGGUUGUGAGGUGUGUUGGAAACUAGGCAAGGGAGGUUUAUAUGUCUGUGUAAGGUCCAACACACCUCACAACCUCUGAGGAUGCUUGCCACAGAUGUGGGUGAAACGUCAGGAGAGAAAGCUUCUGGAACAUGACUAUACAGAAUCUAUAUAUAUAUAAGGGUAAUGAAAUUUCGGCCUAGGACAAAACAACAAAACUACACAUCCCAGAAACACUAAACUUGGCAGCACAACCCCUCAUCCAUGCCUCUACGUUCAUACAACAAAAAGAAAAUAAAAAUAAAAUCCUAAUUAGAGGGAGAGGAAUAAUUGUUUUUAUCCAAUUGCUGCCAGUUAGAAGACUAAGCUCCGCCCACUUGGUCUCCUAGCAACCCACUCAGCCCAGGGGACAGGCACAGUUAGGCCUCACUUAGGCCUCUUCCGCACUGCCUAUAAAAUACAGAUUAUCAGAUUUUAACUGGAUUAUAAGGCAAUGUAGACCUCAUGGGUCAUCAAGUCAUCAAGUCCAACCCCCUGCCAAGAAGCAGGAAAUCGCAUUCAAAGCACUCCCGACAGAUGGCCAUCCAGCCUCUGCUUAAAAGCCUCCAAAGAAGGCCGAAAGACUCACAGCAACCCGGUCAUGAAAGCCUUCGAGAAUACAUUGAAGUCCUGUUUAUUUCAAUGAGUUGACUCUGGAUAUAACGAAAUCUGGGUCUGAUCCAAUGUCACCAUGAAGGAUGGCUAGAUGGAUAGAUAAAUAGAUUGAUAGAUAGAUAUAGAUAAUAGGUGUUACUGACUUGUGGCUUGGUUCACACAUUUGACAGUUGAUGGUGGGAUGUCCAUCCUUUUGACGCCCACAUAUGUAAUGUAACAUGAAACAGAAGAGCUCCAUGUCAAGUACAAUAUAUGCAGAGGGAUAAUAAUUCCCGUUAUGAUUCACACCCAUAGAGUAGUGCGGACAAUGUAAGCCAGGUUUGCAUACAUACAGGCUCUUGCAUGAAACACCAACCUCACCUGUUAUGCCUUGAGGUCGGAGGAGGUGUCUUCCCUCGUCUCCAUGAUAGAAAUCUCCAGCCAUAGUCUUCAAGACACAGACUAGGAACCGUAGUAUGUAUGCGUCAUUGAAAACAAUGUUAACACAGCACCAAGUAAAUAAAUAUAGGAUUGUGUUGAGUGUAUCUGAAUUGGUCCUGGAGGAGAGCAUCCAACUCCUUUCAUCCUGUCCAUAUUAUGUAUGCAUUUGUAGACUCUCUUCUCAAUCUCUCUCAUUUUCUUGCCAACUAGCAUUUCAGAGAAAUAUUAUUUUAUAGUAUUCUUGAUAGUGUUUUUAAGAAGUCUUGCAUAGUUCACGUAGGUUUACUUCCCUUACACCAAAUGCCUUGCAUUGAAUAUGAUACAUGUUAAGAACCUAAACUUUUAACAAUCUCUUUGAGAAAUUAAAAGAACUGCUGCUACUUGGCCUUUUUAGAUAAUUGGAGACUUUGUUUAUCUUUUGUUGCCAUAUAAAAUGUAAUGUUUUCAUUCUUCCUUGGUUGAAAUGUGUACAAUGCCUAUUGCACUUGCAUUGAUGUGUCCCACUGUGUCAUCUUCCGGGCAAUAAUAUGUGAAAGAAUGUACAUUUCGUGUCAUAGUAUUGACACUUGCUGCAAAAAUUAGUGGGAGCAGUCCACAGUUGUGGACAACUCCAUUGAAUGGAAGGAAAAAUUACCAAUUGCAUUGCAUUCAGUGGGGUAUAUUGGACAACAUAUCGUCUGCAUUGUAUUCAUUUUCUUUGCAUUUUUUAAUUUACAAGGAAAAAGGAGUAUAAAGAAGCUUGGGAUUUGUUUUCUUGUCAUUGUAUGAAUAUAAGAUUAGCUUGUCGGUGGGUGGGAACAGUGUCACUUUAUUCUCUUCUAAUGUUCUUUGCCUGCCUGGGUCAACAUUGAAUGCCACAGAGAAAGUGCUUUGGCACAUAAUAUAUAUGCACUAAAAGACCAUACAUACAAGUGGCAUGUGCUUCCACUUCUUGUCACGUGUCUCUUUUAAAGGGAGAGGCAUACAUUCAUCCAAAACCUAUGAGUAGAGUCUCACUUAUCCAACAUAAAUGGGCCGACAGAACGUUGGAUAAGCGAAAAUGUUGGAUAAUAAGGAGGGAUUUAAGAAAAGCCUAUUAAACGUGAAAUUACGUUAUCAUUUUACAAAUUAAGCACCAACAAAUUGACAGAAAAAGCAGUUCAAUACACGAUAACGUUAUGUAAUAAUUACUGUAUUUACUAAUUUAGCACCAAACCAUCACAAUGUAUUGAAAACAUUGACUACAAAAACUUUGACUACUAACAAAUUGACUACAAAUAAAGGUAGAAUUGCAUAAAAUGAACUUACAGUAACAACAUUGUUGGAAAUUAAAUCCAUAAAAAGUUCAGUCCUUGCUGCCUAGAGAAACAGCUGUGGAUCCGGGCAGGAAGCUGACUGCAUUGGAUAAUCCAGAACGUUGGAUAAGUGAAUGUUGGAUAAGUGAUACUCUACUGUAUUUGUCUGGAGAUGCUUCUUCAGACGAGACCAGAGGUUCUCAACCUGUGGUCUGUGACAUGAACUAAAAUAUGGUCCGCGGCCUCACCAUUAAUACUACAGAUAAUAACACACCCCAACCAAUUUUUUUUCUUGGUGUCUACAUUUUUAAGUCUGUUCCUGGAAUGUUUAGAUACAUACUAGAUAUUAAAGGCACAUAUUGUUAGAAUAACUGCUAGAUCAGUGGUUCCCAACCUGUGGUCUGCGGACCACCAGUGGUCCGCAUGAACUAAAAUACGGUCCGUGGCCUCACCGUUACGACACCGUUGCCUCAAAAAGGGUUACGAACCAGUUUUUGGUCAACUUUAGAUUUGGUUAUUUGGGAUACUGAUUCAGAAAAUUUCAUUGGAUAGACCACAUCAGCUCUAGUUAAUACAGAUAAUAACACAGACCAAAAAAAAAAAUUUUCUCGAUGUCUUCAUUUUUAGGCCUGUUCCUGGGGUUAUUUGGGGCGCUGAUUCAGAACAUUGCAUUGGAUAGACCACAUCAGCUCUAGAUUAUUAAAUAUGGUUUUCUGUGUGUGAGCAGAUAGUGACUACUGGAUGGCAUAUGUUCUGUAUGAAAAACUAGAGCUGAUGUGGUCUAUCCAAUGCAAUUUUCUUAAUCAGCACUGCAAAUAACCAAACCGAAUCUAAAGUUGACCAAAAACUGAUUCGUAACCCUUUUGGUACUAAUGUUAGAGAGUUGUCCCUAGUCAAAAAAAAAAAAAGGUUGGGAACCACUGAACUAGACAAUGUGAAGCAAAAACUAAAUGCAAGUCACAGUCACAUUUCUUUUCUAUCACAUGUUCAAUGCAGCCUUACCAGAGCUAUAGACCUCUUUAAAAAUCUUUAAAAAGUUAGGUACCUGCUUAAAUUUUAUCUGUCAGAAACAAUUGACUGGAUUGAUCCCAAAUAAAAGUGUUACCUUCUGUUCUUGAACUGGAAAAGACAAAGGAGUGUAAUAUCCCUGCUUUAACCCUCACUCAUGGACCAUUCUAUAUGUUCAAAGGACACUAAACAAAUACACAUAUACACCAUAUGCUUACUAUUUACUUGAAAGUCUUAACCUAUUGAGAAUCCAUGAACUAGGCUACAGAACUGGCAAAAAUGCCACAUGCUCUUGUAUAUCUGAUGUAACUGUACUUCUAGCAGUACUUCUUCUCACCAGUCAAACUUGCAGAUUGUCAGCAAGAACUCUUAGCUCAAGUUCCCAUCAUGUUUGCUAUCUGGCUCUCUUGAAAGGAACUGCUUCUUUGGCUAUCUGAUCUGUAAAGUAUAAUAAAUCCUAUUUAUAAUGCUCUA